CAUUUUUUUUUUUAUUGUUGUGCUCUCUCUCUUUUUUUUUUUUUUUUCUUCUUAACCCCGUGAACGUUUUUUUGGUCGGGGCUUCCGAAUAUGUUUUAUGACGGUUGAUUUUACACCAGGAGGUUUGUCUCCGAGGAAGACCCAGGGAACUGGAUAUCUAGCGAGAACUUCCUACGGAUUCCUCGGAGCCUCGGGAAAAUGGGAGCUGCUGCAAAGUUGGCGUUUGCCGUCUUUCUUAUCUCUUGUUCUUCAGGUGCUAUACUUGGUAGAUCAGAAACUCAGGAGUGUAUUUUCUAUAACGCUAAUUGGGAAAGAGAUAGAACCAAUCGAACUGGUGUUGAACCCUGUUAUGGUGACAAAGAUAAAAGGCGACAUUGUUUUGCUACCUGGAAGAAUAUUUCUGGUUCCAUUGAAAUAGUGAAGCAAGGUUGUUGGCUGGAUGAUAUCAACUGUUAUGACAGGACUGAUUGUAUAGAAAAAAAGGACAGCCCUGAAGUAUAUUUUUGUUGCUGUGAGGGCAAUAUGUGUAACGAAAGGUUUUCUUACUUUCCAGAGAUGGAAGUUACACAGCCUACUUCGAACCCAGUUACACCUAAGCCACCCUAUUACAACAUAUUGCUCUAUUCCUUGGUGCCACUUAUGUUAAUUGCGGGGAUUGUUAUUUGUGCGUUUUGGGUGUACAGGCAUCAUAAGAUGGCCUACCCUCCUGUACUUGUUCCAACUCAACACGCCUUUCAUAUAAUGAUAGAGGACCCAGGACCACCCCCACCUUCUCCGUUACUAGGUUUGAAGCCACUACAGUUAUUAGAAGUGAAAGCAAGGGGAAGAUUUGGUUGUGUUUGGAAAGCCCAGUUGCUCAAUGAAUAUGUAGCUGUGAAAAUAUUUCCAAUACAGGACAAACAGUCAUGGCAAAAUGAAUAUGAAGUUUAUAGUUUACCUGGAAUGAAACAUGAGAACAUAUUACAGUUCAUUGGUGCAGAAAAACGAGGCACCAGUGUUGAUGUGGACCUUUGGCUAAUCACAGCAUUUCAUGAAAAGGGUUCACUGUCAGACUUUCUAAAGGCUAAUGUGGUCUCUUGGAACGAAUUGUGUCAUAUUGCAGAAACCAUGGCAAGAGGAUUGGCAUACUUACAUGAGGAUAUACCUGGCCUAAAAGAUGGCCACAAACCUGCCAUAUCUCACAGGGACAUCAAAAGUAAAAAUGUGCUCUUGAAAAACAACCUGACAGCUUGCAUUGCAGACUUUGGGUUGGCGUUAAAAUUUGAGGCUGGCAAGUCUGCUGGUGAUACCCAUGGACAGGUUGGUACCCGGAGGUAUAUGGCUCCAGAGGUAUUAGAGGGUGCUAUAAACUUCCAAAGGGAUGCAUUUUUGAGGAUAGAUAUGUACGCCAUGGGAUUAGUCCUGUGGGAACUGGCUUCUCGCUGUACUGCUGCAGAUGGACCUGUAGAUGAAUACAUGUUGCCAUUUGAGGAGGAAAUUGGCCAGCAUCCAUCUCUUGAAGAUAUGCAGGAAGUUGUUGUGCAUAAAAAAAAGAGGCCUGUUUUAAGAGAUUAUUGGCAGAAACAUGCUGGAAUGGCAAUGCUCUGUGAAACGAUAGAAGAAUGUUGGGAUCACGAUGCAGAAGCCAGGUUAUCAGCUGGAUGUGUAGGUGAAAGAAUUACUCAGAUGCAAAGACUUACAAAUAUCAUUACUACAGAGGACAUUGUAACAGUGGUCACGAUGGUGACAAAUGUUGACUUUCCUCCCAAAGAAUCUAGUCUAUGAUGGUUGCACCAUGUGUACACACUGAGAAACAGGACUCUGAACUGGAGCUGCUAAGCUAACGAAACUGCUUACAGUUUAUUUUCUGUGAGAAAUGCGUAGGAUGUCUCCCGGACACGUCAAGAUGACCCUCAUUUGAAAAUGUGGCUCUGGGAGACGUACAGCAUUGCCUGCAGCAGAGACGUGAAGGAUGUGAGACUAAGAAAAGUUGCAGACUCUAAAGAAACUUUUGAAAAAGUGUACAUGAAGAACAUGGCCCUCUCCAAAUCAAGGAUCUUUUGGACCUGGCUAAUCAAGUGUUUGAAAACUGACAUUGGAUUUCUUAAUGUCUGUCAGAAGACACUAAUUCCUUAAAUGAACUACUGCUAUUUUUUUUUUUAAAUCAAAAACUUUUCAUUUCAGAUUUUAAAAAGGGUAACUUGUUUUUAUUGCAUUUGCUGUUGUGUUUCUAUAAAUGACUAUUGUAAUGCCAAUAUGACACAGCUUGUGAAUGUUUAGUGUGCUGCUGUUCUGUGUACAUAAACAAAGUCAUCAAAGUGGGGUACAGUAAAGAGGCUUCCAAGCAUUACUUUAACCUCCCUCAACAAGGUAUACCUCAGUUCCACGGUUGCUAAAUUAUAAAAAUUGAAAACACUAACAAAAUUUGAAUAAUAAAUUGAUCCAUGUUUUCUAACAAGGUAUUACAAAUUCACUGUGUUAUUUAAGAAAAAAAGGUAAGCUAUGCUUAGUGCCAACACUAAGUGGCCAUUUGUAAAGCAGUGUUUUAGCUUUUCUUGUGCUAGCUUGUAAUUUAAGGAAAAAAAAGUGCUGUUUUUUGAAAUGAAAAAA